ACAGUCCGUGUGCUGCUGUGGCCGCAGCCUUCUUUGAAACCACGUGGCAUGGCGCGGCAUGACGAGGAGCUUCCCUUGUUGGCCUCUCCUGCUCCUCAUAUCGAGGCCCUGGGCGCCUCACCACAACCCGGUGCUCAACGCGGUAUAGACCGGUCCGCCGCGCAGCUCGCGUGGAAGAAGCUUCUGGUGAACAGUCCUCCUGCCUGGGCGCAGUCUCCCGACCUACUGGGCAGCCGACGGGGCGAGCCACAGCUGGAAUCGAGGAUCCCACCGUUCCCCGCAUGGCCGAGCAGCUCGACGACCUGGCCCUUCGAAACGCCCAGCCUCUCCCAGGAUGAUGAGGAUGAGAUCGCGCGCUUCUUAAGCCACUGCACGAGCUUUGACGAACUCCUCCGCUCCACGCCGCGCGCUCCAACCGCAACGCCCGAGCGCCGAGUUGGUGCAGCCUCGAGGCUGAGCGACCAAGUGUGGUCGCCGCAGCAGAUGACGGGUGCCAAGCCCCAGAGGUCCCGGCCGAGCGAGGCGUCGACCGCCACGCCACCGGAGCACCACGCCGAGACCAGCCAGGGUUUUGCAAAGCUUCCCGACACGGAAGAGGUGCAGGUGCCCAUGGGGUCCUGCCGCGGUUGCCAGCGCCGCUUCCGGGCCAACCGCUUGCCGAUCCAUGAGGAGAUUUGCCUGCGAAAUGCUCAGAAGAAGCGCAGCGUCUUUGAAUCGAGCCGACAGCGAUGUGAAGCCGUGACGGGUCGCUGGUGGAGCGACUCCGAGCUGCGUGGCUCCCAGCAGCCGAACUCGCAGUCCUCCGUUCACUCCAUACACCGUUCACCACCAAGAGCUCGGGACUCGAAAGGCUCGCCGGGAAGGCGGAGAUCGGUGUCCACGCCCAGCUGCCCCAGCAGGCGUACCUCAGUCCCUGCUUCGCCCUCACCCUUCAAAGCCACGCCCUCUCCAGCCAAGCCACGGCGCCUUUGGGCAGGUGGACCCAAGAUCAGCCCCAACGCCAGCCCGGCGAAGGGCACUCCGCCCUGCCGACGACGGAGCGCCUCGGAGGGGCGCCUCACUGCGACCGGUGAAGGCCAGGCCAGCAGCGGUGCACGCAGCGAGCGGCGGCCAGCAUCUGACCUGCAGGCAAGGGAAGUGAAGACGGCCACGUCGCGAACGGCUUCUAUGGGACGGUCUCCAGCUCGAUCACCCGGCCGACCUGGAUGGUCCACUCCGCAGGCGCAGAAGAUUCGCGGGGAGGGAGGUUCACCCUCGCCGUGGGCCGUCCCUGCCAUGCCGGAGCCCAGCCAGAGUCAAGGAAGCAUUGCCAGGAGUGACACCAAGGGCGGCUCGCUGCUGGGCACCAUCAUUGAUGAUGUGGCGCAGCUGAGCGCACAAGUCGAACGCCUCCUCAACCGCCGAAAGGAUCUUCUGAGCGACUUUCAGCAGACUGAAGAGAUCCUGCGAGAGGUCGUGGCGCUCUCACCCAGUGAUGCAAGCCAAGAAGGAGACGGGCGGAGGCCUUAGAAAUCAGCUUUUCCAACUGAGCGCGGAAAUCUCAUGUAGCAGAUUCAGGGCUCAGGACCGGAGGUUGAGUGG